UAUCCGGAAUUCCCCAUGCUUUUUAUUUUUAGCCAAAAACAUAGUUGGGUUGGCCAAACCUUGACUUCGUCGAGCAAAAUAGACAACGAAUAGACCUGAUACCCGCUAUGCGAUUGACCUAUUAACGAUAGGGAUCAUCAGCUCCAUUGAAGGCUGUUCAUUCAAUGAACACAUAUAUAUGUUGAUUAUCAGCUAUAUAAGCACGAUUCUCGGCAAAGGAAAGCGUCAUAUUGAUUCUCAACACUAUCAAAGAUGCAGCUCAACAUUGGAUUCUGCUUCCUGCUUUUGGCAUCUCUGCUGACUGCGCAGGCAAAACCUACAUUCGAUAAAAUGGCUGAAGUGCUGCUUGAUGUACUAGAUGAUAGGCCGCAUUAUGUCAGACCGAGGCCAUAUGGGCCAGUUCCAUCGUCUGGCCCACUCAUACAGGAGGGCUAUGAUCAUGGCUACGACUAUUACUAUGGCGGCGGUGGAGCUUAUGUUCACGGCAGUGGCGUUAAUGUGGGCAAUCCCUAUGCCCAGCCUCCUCCUGCGUAUGGCUAUUAUGGUUCAGGACCUGCACAUGGACCAGUGAAGGGCUACUAUCCCGAGCCACACUAUCCACCGCAAGGCUAUGUACCCCCUUCUACAUAUAGACACGAACAUGGCCAUGGUCACGGUCACGGAGUGGGUGGCUACAAGCAACACGGUUAUUAGCGUUAAUUUGCGAUUAUGAUUACAUAUUUAAGGAACUCAUAAUCUUAAGUAUUGAUAUAUAAUUUAUUUGAAUGAUGAACAUUUGUAAAUAAAUAUCUUGUUGUUAUCUCGGAA